AUGCAAGUUCCGCAUGUCUAUAAGCGCAAGAUGAAGCGCCUUCAGGAGCUUGACAAAGUCCUGAUACCACAGGCCAAGCAAGAAUCCAGAAAACAGCAGUUGGAGAUCCGAGAAUUGCUUCCAAUGCUUCCACAAUGGCAAAUGGAUGCAAACGAAUACAUCUGCUCAGGGUCCUCUGGAGACGACGAAGUUCGUCACAAGAACUUUUUGUACCAUAAACUCGACUACCAGUUUUCAAAUUUCUUCGAAUCUUCUCAACAAACUCAAGAAGGAGAAGAACUGCUCGUAAUUUCAAUGAAGAACGAUCUCAAUCUACGUCACGGAAACGCUGUAGUUGGAGAAGAAGAUCAACAGAACAAGAUGAGUAUCGGCUUAAAUGUAACAACUCUAUGGGAACAAGGACAGAAGCAAUUGUCUGCUUUCGCACGACGAUAUUUGGACUACUUUGCGAAUCUGCCAAGUUCAACACAAGCUGAAGAAGCAGGAGAGGAUCAUCAUGUGAUCGCAGACGAGAAGGAAGACCUGAUGGCAGUACACACAAUGUUGCGCACACACAACUUCCUCGAAACUACUACUACAAGAAGUACUUCUAUAGAGGCACUGGGAGACCUCCGCGGAGAACUAAGGAGUUUGCAUUUGAUUGGAGGGGUAACUUCUUCUAGGCUGAAGACUGCGAUCCUGCAAGAGUUUUCGAAGGGGCACGAACCAGGGAUCAGAGUCUUGAAGAAUGGAGAGUUUGUAACAGAGACGAAUGAAACGGGUGCGAUCACACGAAGCCGUUUGUUUUUAGCUCUUUUUGCGUCUGCGCUGCGAUUGGUCCUUUCCGCUCUGCAAGAGACUCUCAUCACCGAGAUGACUGAGAAUCCUGGACGGUUUGUAGUUUUGUCCCCUUCUACAGGAGAAGACACUACUGAAGAAAAGAAACUUGUACAAUGCUCUUCCAUUCUUCUUCAAAACGUUUUGAAGGGGAAUCAGCAGUAUGUGGAUGGCGUUCUGGCUGAAUUAGUACCGUUUCUACAAGCUCCUGCUCAAAAGGACAAGACUAGUACUACCUCUCCACUCCGUAUUGCACAUGUGCUUGAGCAUGUGCUGCAUCCAGUACUUUUAUCCAGAUGGCAGAGCCACAAACAAGAACUUCUUCGCACUAGUCCUCGUCUGGAUGAAGCAGAACUAGUAGAGCCUGUAAGUCCUCUAAGAAGUCCUCUCAGUACUAGAAGCGCUGCGGGUGAUCGUGCUGCAUCUCCAUUACCGUCGAUCGAACAGGAACAGCAUCUUCAUCAAAAUGAACCUACACUCGGAGCACAAGGAGGACUAGCACCAGCUCCUCAGUUCUUCAACACGCGGUUUAGGCAAAGCAGAUCUCCUUCUCCCGAGUACCCACAGGAACUGCAGGACCAGAUCCACAGUCUUUCGGCUUCUUCGGAAUCGACGCCCCCACAGGAACUGCAGGACCAGAUCCACAGUCUUUCGGCUUCUUCGGAAUCGACGCCCCCACAGGACCAGAUCCACAGUCAUCUCGUCCCUCCUCGUCAAAUAAGCGUUUCCUCGUCUAAUGGAGGCGGACCACGUCGCGCAAGCGUCUGUAGUUCCUCGACUGGUACUUCUGAAGUAGAUUCUCUAGUGUCUUCUGUACUGUCAUCUUCCUCCACUACCAGAGAUCCUGCUUUUGAAUUCGCGACAGAGCGAGCGAUACUGGUGGCAACGGAUAAACUACUUGCAAGCAUAUUGGAUGAUCAAGAACAAGCUCCAGAUCAUCUACAUCGACGCUACAACUACAAAAGAAGCUUACAACUACUGGCGCACCCGCCGUCUCCGCAAGAAGAAGAUCAAGAACAGAGCCAUCUCUUCUGCAAAGAUGUUUCGAAACUUGCGGGAACCAAAGCGGGGCUAAAGGCGUGGUGGAUGCAGCAAGAACAGAGGAAUAAAGUCGCCAGGUCGAAGAUGAGGAAGCAAGACGUGGUGACUGAAGAAGGCCCUAACCAUUUUCAGGAUCAACAAGAAGCUGUGCCCUUCGUUCCAGCUCAAUUUUUAGAACAAUUGCGUCAUCAACUUGGAGGAAUACCUACCGCCCACGCGCACCAGGAGGCGUGACGUCGUCAACUUGUUGGAAUACCUAUAGUAUACCGUAAACUGCGUUGUGCCGAUGAAGUAGACCAAUACGUAGACGCGCCAGUGCUUGAAGGCUACUACAACAAGACAACUAUUGAAAAAGAACGUCGUGAUCUAUUCUUCUUGAAAACUAAGAUUACUACUGCUUGAUGAUCACGAAGAAGGGUGGGCGUCCACCGACAUGAACUCGAUGAAGUUAAACCUUAUAAACUUGAGCUAUCCCGAUACAACCUUGCGGCUAUGACGAUUGUCAUAUUCGUAUUAAGUAGCCUCUUUUAUUUUUUAUAAUUUUUAGACUUUUUCGUACCAAUCAGACUUUGACAUUGUUCUGCUCGUGAAUAAUUUAUGCUUUUCUAUGGAAUAAGAUUAUAGUUAGAAGUUCAUCAAGAUCAACCACGAGAUUAUAGUUAGAACUAGAACUUACUAUAGUUACACACACACUUAGGAUGAAACUAAAUUUGUUUCGUCAUCGGUAUUGUGGUCGCAAUGAAAUCGGAACAGGUUGUAACAAAAGCACCAACAAAGUACAUAUUUCGACAUAGCUGCAUUAGCUUUUUUAGCAGCAUCAAAUAAUCGGAAAAUAGGAGGUUUGGAUAGAUCAACUUGGAAAGAGGAAAGUGUCAAACAUAUGGUAAAAGGAGUAUUUAAUGGUCGUUAUUUUCCUGAGAAUCAGGUCAUGCGUUGCGGUGAUUCCUCCUGAAAAAUUGUCAUACAGAGCAGAAAAGUGUGGCGAUCUUCGAAUGUUUAGUCAGUCUCGGUAUCUCUAAGAAGAAUGGCAUACUCAACAUAUUAGUAGUAGAAGUAGCAGUAGUAGUAAACCCAUUCAUGGGGUACGCCCACAUCAACACAAAUCAUUGAAUGACUAGAACAGUUUUUAGUGAUGUUAUGAUGGUCAUAGUACAAAUGCUCAUAGAUUUAGAUUAUUGUGCUCCACCGGUAUUAUUGUUGUCAUAUAAUACAUGAUUGAAUUAUGGUAUUUUCUAUUUAUAGCAUUGAAGGCGUUAUUGAAUUAUUAGGUUUUUUAGCAUUAAAGGCGUUAUUGAAUUAUUAGGUUUUUUAGCAUUAAAGGCGUUCUUGUAAGGGACUUGUGAUCUCUACUGUGCACAAUUUCGAUGGUUGGUACACGC